UUAGAUCCCUCACAGUGCUACAUUUGUGACAAGAUGGCUUCCAUUUGUGAAACCUCCCUUGUAGUGGAGCGCCAGCUAUCGAUGUCCCACCCGAGCGCAAAGAGGGUAAUUGCCCACAGAGGUAAACUCUAUCCAAAUGACAUUCCCCACGAGACAGCAACCGAAAACGAUGCAAUACCUGAAAACGAGGUGAUAAUUGCAGGUGGUGUUCAAAGAUCAGUGAUAGUCUUCAAUGGAACUCUUCCAGGACCCGAUAUAAUAGUUUACGAGGGACAGACAUUGUUUAUUCAUGUAACUAAUAGAAUGCGUUCAGAGAUCCUCGGCAUCCAUUGGCACGGUCUUCAUCAGCGAAAUACACCUUUCAUGGAUGGAGUACCUUUCGUGACACAGUGUCCCAUAUUACCAGGUCAAACAUUCACAUACAAGUUUCAGGCAUAUCCAAAAGGUACAUUUUGGUACUACUCUGCUACAGGCACACAUCGGCUUGAUGGUGCAUUUGGGGCGUUUAUCGUUCGCUCAAGAUCAGAAGAUAAGGUAGAACACAUUCUUCAAAUCCAAGAAUGGUAUGAAAAUCGGGAUGCAACCGUAGAUUCACUAAUAACAAAAUAUGAAGAUGGAAUACAAAAUGAUCUAAAGAUUAACAGUUCUAAAUCACCCGAUGGUUCUGCUUAUGGCUUGUUUCCUCCUGAUAAUGCUCUCAUCAAUGGUAGAGGAUGGACUGGUUCUCUACCAUUACACGUCUUUAAUGUCAAUGAAGAUGAGGCGUCGUUUCUGUUUAGAGCUCUGGGUGUAGGUGUAAUAUUACCAUUUCGAAUAUCUAUCGAUGGACACAAAAUACAGAUAAUUGAAUCGAAUGGAUACGGAAUUAAGCAUCUGUAUGUGGAUUCCUUUGUCCUUAAUCCAGGAGAGAGGGUUGACUUUACCAUAAGUAGAUCUAGUUCCAAGUCUCAAAAUUAUUGGGUGAGGGCUGAAACUUUAGAUGAAGAUAGACGUCUCGCGACCAGAGCUAUUUUGAGAUAUGACCUAACUGACAAAAGUGACCCCAAUACAACAGAAAGGAUGUGUACCUUCGACAAUCCCUGCAAAGUGUUUAAUUGCCCGUUUAAAUAUUUUCCUGAAAAUGAAAAUAUGAAAUGUAUUACAAUUGAUCAAGUGGAUUCUCCUGAACCAUCUGAAUUUCCCCCUGUAAUCAACAAACGGCAUUUCAAAGAGUAUUUUUUAAACUUUAAGUUCUCUGGGGCGACAGCGACAUCGGUAAAUGGCAAAAUGUUCAUACUCCCUGUGGUCUCAGCUCUCACACAACCAAAUGGCAUUUCCAAGCCUUGCACGAAACCUCAGUGUGACGAGGGAAAACAGUGUGAAUGCACGUAUUCAUUAAGCCUACUUCAUAAUGAUACAAUUCACUUUGUUCUUACAAAUUUGGAUGCAGGGAAAGGGUGGGCACUUCCAAUUCAUUUGCAUGGACACUCUUUUGAACUCCUGAAAAUGGGAUUUCCACUAUACAAUAAAACCGAUGGAAACAUUAUCUCUUCAAAUGAAGACAUUAGAUGCAAAAUGGAUGUUAACUCUCUUCAAGAAGAGAUAUAUUGUACCGAAACCACAUGGAGCGACUCAUCAUGGUACGGUGGUAAAGUUCCGGGACUGAACCUUGUAAAUCCUCCGCGGAAAGACACGGUGAUUAUUCCUGGUGGCGGUUAUGUGGUCAUCAGGAUUAAAGCCAAUAAUCCAGGUUUAUGGCUAAUGCAUAGCCUCGUUGACCAUCUAUCAGGUGACAAGAUGGCCAUUCUGUUGAAUGAAUCUUUCCCCUUCCUUCCGGAACCUCCUACGAACUUUCCUAGAUGUGGUAAUUUUGAUGGCAGUCCUAUUCCUUUACAUUGAAUUUGAAAUAACACUACGAUAUUGUGCACAAUCAGGGCCGUAAAUUACAUGGAGGCGGAGGAGGCAGCUGCCUCCUCCAACUUUUGAGCCAAAAAAAUUAAAAUUUAAAGUUCAUUAGAAUUUAUGUUGUUUCCAAUAACUAAGAACAUGAUACCUCCCUUAAAAAGCAUUCCAAAUCUUUCUUUUAGAAUGAGUUAGUCAAGUAACAUCUUAGAAGGCCCUAGAAUCAAGGAUUUUGCACGAAACGUGUUCAGUGUGCACAAAAUGUGCUCAGCGUCUGGGGGGGGGGGGGUGGCCCCCAGACCCCCGCCUAAUUUCCUGCCUCCUCCAACUUGAAGGUUAAUUUACGGUCCUGACAAUUUGCUACGCUUGAAUAUGUAUUUUAAAAAGAGAGUAUGUUUGUUUUCUAAUUGAACUGUAUAUAACACUAAAUUUGCACAUGUUGUAAACUUGUAUAGAAGGGAUAUUGGGUGGAUUAUUUUUCACUUACUUACAAUGUACAAUAUAUGUACUUGUACAGUCGCAAUAAUUGUACUUUAUUUGUAAUUCGCUUGUAUUUCUUUCAUUAUAUUGUGAAUACAGAUGGAAUAGUAAAUUGAUGGGAUACAGAAAACACCUUUUCCACAACCCCUUCACUUCAUUACUUUA